ACUAAUUACUCUUUCUUUACUCUGUCCACUACUCUCCUCUACUUCUCCUCCUUUCCUUUCCCUUUCUCGCUCCUCCACUUUCUCUCUCUAACUUCCUCCCGGAACCCUAACACCAAAUUCAACCACCGGCAACAAUUUCCAGCGGAGAAUAACCCGACCCGAUCCAUUUUCCACCAUUGAUUGUAUUCUCUCGAGAUCGGAAAAUGUACAAGAACCAGCUUCAAGAGCUGGCGCAGAGAAGCUGCUUCAAUCUUCCUUCUUACACUUGCAUUCGUGAAGGUCCUGAUCACGCGCCGAGGUUUAAAGCUACCGUUAACUUUAACGGCGAGAUCUUCGAAAGUCCUCACUACUGUUCAACUCUCCGUCAAGCUGAACACUCCGCCGCUGAAGUUGCGCUUAAUUCGCUUUCUCACCGUGGUCCUUCUCACUCUCUCGCCGCUAAGAUCCUCGAUGAGACUGGAGUCUACAAGAACCUCUUGCAAGAAAUUGCACAGCGAGUAGGGGCUCCAUUGCCUCAGUACACAACGUACAGAUCGGGCCUUGGACAUUUACCUGUUUUUACUGGGAUAGUAGAAUUGGCUGGAAUCACAUUUACUGGUGAACCUGCGAAGAAUAAGAAACAAGCCGAGAAAAAUGCUGCUAUGGCAGCUUGGUCAUCUUUAAAGCAAUUGGCAAAAGAGACUGCUAGCUCUUCAACUGAACCGGAGAACAAUGACGAAUUAGAACAGAUCACUAUAGCACGGGCUUUGUUGAACUACCGUCUGAAGGAAAAGAUGUCAAUGUCUAAUCCAAAUGCUCGGAUUCCAUUUCAGAAGAAGUUUCAGAUUCAAAAUAUCAGACCAACUAGUUCCCAAUCUCCUGCCACCACAUCAAAGAUCCUUCCUCUAAUUUGCCAAAAGACAGGACCUCGAAACAGACCUUCAUCGGCAACACCAAAUGAAAAUCCUCGAAGCAGGCAUCCGCAAGCCGCAGCAACCAGUGACAAGUCCAUUUUGCAGCAGCCACAAUCUUCUGCAAUAGAAAGCCGGGUGACCCGUCCUCUGAGGUUCCCUGCAGCAGGAGCACCCCCUUAUGUUCCUAUUCGACAAAUGAGACCUUGCCAUGGGAUUGCACCUGCAGUGUCUGUUAGGACUGUAAUACCUGUGUUCUCUGCACCACCUCUUCCACCACCUACCUCAGUGCAUCAGAUAAUACGGGCUCCUCCUGUACGAAUUGCUCCUCCAGUCAGUAUUCGGCAAGCUGUUCCUGUAUUUGCUGCCCCACCACUAAGAAAAGAUGAACCUGCCCCCAUCCAAAAAGAUCUACCUGCCAGUAGUACCCCUGUCGAGCAAGAUAAGCUUCCAGCUAAAAUUCUUGAGAUGGACAAGACUGAGAACAAUUCACCACCACAACCAGAGACUCUGCAGAGUUUGGAGCAGUUGAAAAUUUGAAAUUUAUUUGAGUCAGUCUGAAUUCAUCAGAAGAACACCAUCAUGUUUUUGUUGUGAUAGCUUGGUUCGCAUCCUAUAACGAGUGAUGUAAAAUUAUCCCUUCCUUUUUCCUUCCUUACCCCAUUUUGUCCUGUUAAAUUCAAGGGUUGGCACAUGUUAAUUAGCAUCAGCAGUACAAUUUCUGUAAAAUUCAAAGCAGUUUGGCAUUAAUUUUACUAGUUUGUACUGUAUGUAUUUAUGUUAUAUUUUAUCAUACCUUUUAAUCAAGUAUGUGAGCAUGAUUAAUGAUUAUUGCUCACUUUAUCCUGUGA